CAGCACUGCCAGCACACGACCGGUGGCCGCACGCCGCCACGCACCGGCCCAAUAAUGCGCGGCGUCGCCUCCCCCGUAACGCUCCGGCCCAGGGCAUCCCCAGUGGUCCGAUCAAAAUCGAACGCGCCAGGCACGUCCACCUUCCACCGACAAUCCCUCGUCCCUCCCCGCCUCCACCUCCGGCUAUCGCCGGCGCCGGUGCCCUCGCAGCCGCCCAUCAGCCGCAGUCACCGCCUCAUGCCUCCUACCGCGGCCGCCACCACCAGCGAGGCCGGCUCCUUCACCGAACUGACCUCCGCUGCCGACUUCGCCACCAUCGCCUCUGCUGACGGCCGCAUCUCCGUCAUCGGCUUCGGCUCCCUCCUCUCCGAGCGGAGUGCGAGGAGCACGUUCCCGGAGUUGGAGGGGUUCCGUGUGGCGGCGCUGCGAGGGUUUCGGCGCGUCUUUGCCCACGCCGCUCCCAUCUUCUUCGACCGCGGUAUCGCCAUUGAGGCCACUAAGGAGUUCUCAAGCUUAAGCGUGGAGCAAUGUGAGGGUGAAAUGAUAGUUGUCACUGUGUUUGAAAUCAAGGAGGAGGAGGUGCCAGCAUUCAUUGAGAGGGAGAAUGAGUUCAGAUUUCUUGUGGUGGUUCCUGAAGGACUAGAUCAAGUUCCUUUUCCAAAUCCUGCAGUUGUCUGUGCACGCUAUAGCGACGAAGAAUAUUUCCAAGUGAGAUGCAAAGGAAGCAAGGAGAUAUAUAACCAACACUACGGACGAUACAACAUUGAUAAAAUAUGGCGGGAUGAUAUUCUGCCCUGUCGCCUAUAUCUUAGGCAUUGUGUUCUUGCGGCAAAAAAUCUCGGAGAAGCAGCAUACAGUAGCUUCUUAGACCACACCUAUCUGGGUGACCGGAAAACCACAAUAAGGGAAUACUUGGCCACGACGGGAGCUGGCAUCAUGGAAGAGGAGCCUCCUGAAUCCCUAAAAAGCCGCUACGGCGGCUAAGAGCAUCUUCAAUGCAAGUUGCUUAGGGAGGUGCUUGCACAAAAUAAACCGGUUUUUGUCUAAGCAUGUGUUCUACAGGACAGGUGCUUAAUUAGACACCUCUAGUAUAGAAAUAAGCACUGGUGUUUGAAAAUAAACCGGUUUAAUUUUGUAACACUAUCUUAAGCACCUUGCAUUGAAGGUGCUCUAACUGGGCUACGAUUCUCACAAGUCACAGACACAGCCAAAUUGACAGUCCAUAUAAAUGGGGACGUGCUAAAUAAUGUACUCCCUCCGUCCCAUAUUAAGUGACGCAAUAUUACUUGUAUCUGGACGUCUUUUGGAUAUAGAUACAUCCAUAUUUGUGAAAAUUUGAAUCACUUAUGAUGUGAGGCAGUACGAUGAUUCACUGCAAAAGAUGUAAGAUUCCGGCUUUUCUC